AACCAAUGUUUCGUGUUCCAACGUCAUUUCAAGUGCAUGCUCAUCCCUUUCAACUUUGUCUCGUGAAUUGCCUUUGUAGAUUCAUCAUCAUGGGAGCCAAGGACAAGCAUAAAAGAGGUCAGUCCAGGAACAACAUGAACUUCAAGGUUGUGGGAGGAAAAGCGGGCAAAACCAAAGGCCGACCCCAGCCAGUGGAUAUCAAGCUCAAGAAGUUAGUUCAAGGUCGAAACAAGAAGACGGAUGAAGUGGCGAAUCUGGAUGAACAGUUCAAAGAGAUGCAACAGAAAGCGGUGAGCAUGCAGAAGAAACCAGUGGCCAGGACCAGGAUCGAGCCCUCGGCCAAGAUGGUGCAAGAAGAAGUCAAC